CUCGGUUGUAUUUCGAUACCGAAAGUGACUCACGGGCACCUACGCCGCUGAAAUGGCUGCCGCGGGUCCAGAAGAACCCACCGCUCUCGGUGUUGAGAACGUCGCAGCGCCCGUAGAUCCAAACAAGGGCAACGGCGGGGAGAAAGAUAAGAGCCAUACCGAACCGGAAACCGGAGAAUCGGGCGGUAGCGUAGAACCGAAAAUGAAAGCGUUAGACGCGGCGGCCGCCGAAGAGGAGCCCGCGGUUGCGGCAGAGAAGGCCCCGCGGGAUGCGGUGACAGACGGCGGCGUGCGGGCAAACCUGGAGGCGACGGCCGCUCCCGAAGAACCGGAGCGAAAGAUGGAGUCACAGGGAAAACGGGGGGAAGGAAAACAGGAACCCGCCGACGUUAACGCAUUAAAAGAAACGAAGGUGGAACCCGCAGGAGGCGGCUGCCAGAAAAGCAAAACGGUUUGUGAAGACGGCGAGAAAGCCCGCGGCGGGGGCGGGGAGCUGGACGACAAGAGGCGGCCGAGUGUGGAGAUCUCCUCCUCGGAUGGGGAGCCGUUGAGCCGUAUGGACUCAGAGGACAGUAUCAGCAGCACCCUGAUGGAGAUGGAGAGCACAAUGUCCAGUGGGCGCUCCACCCCCGCUAUGAUGAACGGACAGGGCAGUGUCAGCUCCACCGGGACCAAGGCCGUGGCCUUCCCCUGCUGCUGGGACCUCUGUCCGCAGUCCUUCAACUGCAGUCCUGAUCUGGCAGAGCACAUCCGAGGCGUUCAUGUGGACGGACAGAGAGGAGGGGUGUUUGUGUGUCUGUGGAAGGGGUGUAAAGUGUAUAACACACCGUCCACCAGUCAAAGCUGGCUCCAGAGACACAUGCUGACCCACAGUGGAGACAAGCCAUUCAAGUGUGUGGUUGGUGGCUGCAACGCCAGCUUCGCCUCCCAAGGAGGGUUAGCUCGCCACGUCCCCAGCCACUUCAACCAGCAGAGCUCCUCCAAAAUGUCCGGCCCGUCCAGACUCAAGGACGAGUCGUCCUCCAAAGCUGUGCUCAACAGGAGGAGGAAACUCAAGAACAGACGCAGGUGCUCUCAAACGAGGCCCCACGACUUCUUUGAUGCCGAAACCAUGGACGCUAUUCGCCACAGGGCCGUCUGCCUUAACCUGUCCACCCACAUUGAGAGUGUGGGCAACGGCCACAGUGUGGUCUUCAACAGCACGGUGGUGGCCAAAAGGAAAGAGGGGUCCGGCAAGGUGAAGGUCCUCCUACAUUGGACACCUGAGGACAUACUGCCCGACGUAUGGGUGAAUGAAACGGAGCGAUCUCAGCUGAAGUCUAAAGUGGUGCACUUAUCCCAGUUGCCGCAGGACGCUGCCAUGCUGCUCGACCCAAACAUCUAUAGGUGGCACCAACUCCUGAUUUCAUCAAGUACGUCAAAACGGCUCCUGCAGAGAGCGCUUCCUCAAAAGCGGCUGAAGAGCAGCCAGUGAGGACUCAUCCGUGGACUUGGUACUCGCUCAUAGGAGGCUCGCCUACAUGGGACGGGACGCUCUCCCUGCCGUCUCCGCUGAGCGAAGGGACGAUUGAAAGGAAAGGAAAACUUUGGUUUUGUUUAUGUGACCAACUGCGGUAGAAAGAUGGGACUAACAACCUUUUAAAAAGAGUUUGUGUGAAUGUGAACUUUUUUUUUUGUUGUUGUUGUUUUUUUAACAGGCACCAAACUGAAAAUAUUGUUAAUACUGUUUUUGUGUCAACUAUUUAUGCUGUUUCGUAAUUUAUUUUUCUACCAUGCCAAAUGCUGAUGUAAUGUGAAGGUUUUUGAACGGCGCCGUAUUUACUGUGAUCUGUUUCCUGUCACUUUUAGGCCUAUUUGGAAAUUUAUGGUCGUAACUAAGCUGUACAUGAAAGAAGUCUUUAGAUGAUCCUAUUUAUACCUACAGAACGCAGUACUUUUACCCGUAGUAAUGACAUUAAUGAAGAGGGGGGUUGUGCACGGCACAAUCUGAAUCUUAGGCAGCAUGGAUGUGAUUAACAUAUCAAGCACUCAAAGUGUAAAUCACAACAGUUAAUGUUCUUCCCCAAGUAACAUAAACCGCGUAUAUUAUAGUUGUUGUGAUACAUUUAUGUUACUGCUCUUUAAGCACACAAAAUCUUGUUUUUUACUGUGUGUGAUGGAAUGCUCUGCAAUAAAAAAAGAGGGAAACGACAGAUGUACGUUGUUCGCACGGGUGGACGAGGAUGCGCGGUGUUUGCGCGGCAGAAAGGCGCGACGCGCCCUCGGCCGUGUGAACGUGACUUCUUUGCGUGUGCGUCGGAGGGACUGGCCGGGUAACAGCUGAGGCCAGCGGGGGGUUCUGCCCCCCGCUGGCCUCAGCUGUUCGCGAACAUGGCUGCGGAGAAAACGGGAGUUCAGGAGGAGGUCUUCUGCAAUGUGGCUCAGUGUCUCAUGCACUUUUUAUGGGGAGUUGGGACUCGUGCAGCGUGCAACACUAUAACGAGGCCUUCGGGUGUUCCAUUCUUUUGUUGCGGGGGAAGCACUGAAUGUUUUGUUGGCCCCCCUGUUGUGUUUGUGCGCUUUUUGGUUUUAUGUCCUUCUCUGUUUUGUGUCAGAUUGAUGAGAUGAGUCCAUGAUUUGCAGGCAACACAUAUUGGGGUCAUUACAACGAGGCCAGCAUCAGCACGACUUGCAUCACAGUCAAUUGUAGACUUCUGCAUGUGUCAGCAAAUAUGGUCUUUUUAAAAACAAAACUGGUGCUGGCUUAAAGUGGAUUAAAAACACAAUAACGAAUAAGGAAAAUAUUCCAGUUUAUUUUUCACUGUACUGACAUACAAAUGUUUGCCAACGAUUUCUUUCUUUUUUUCAUGGGGCAAUAGACAAGCCAACAUUUUAUAUGUAUGAACAUAUGCUCCUAGUCAAAGUAUGAAAUAAAUGUCCAGUAAAAACAGGAUGCAAGGCCAACAAGCCAUGUGGCAAUACCAUUAGGCCUUUUAUACCUAUUUCAAACCCUUUUCCAAACUGCUGUAUUUUGUAACCUACUUGCUACAUAUUUCUCUCCUGCAGCUGUGAUUCAAAUAUGGAGUCUGCAGAGAAUGUCAUGAUUCGGGUCAUUCAGCAUCUGACUGCACGAUGAAGCAAAACACAUUAAAAAGUCCAUAACACCGCU